UGCCUCGUCAUUACGGCUGAAUGGAAAAUAUAGGAUUAACCCUUUGCACUUGGACUGAUAUCACUUGGCUGCACUUUGCGCUUAAUAGAGACAAAGACUGAUUAACCGAUGCAUCAUCCAUUCCUUUUUUUUAUUGCUGCACCGUUGUUAGUUUAGAUUGGAGGUAGAACGCGUAUAUUAUGGCACAAUCGCACAUUUGAAAGGCUCGUAAGUAAAUAAAAUGAUUCUUCUUCAAUUUCAAUUGCGAACUUGGUUCACCAAAGUAAUUCAGAUAUAGAAAUUGUUGCGUUAAUAUACCGUGAAUAUUACGUUACGAAUGCUUAAAGAUGCUCGAAUAUUUUUAUUAUUUGAAAAAAGAAAAAAAAAAGAAUUAAUAAAGAUUAUUAAUCUCUAUUAAUUUAUGAGCUUUUCAUUUUGUAUUUGCGAUCUGUUCUACGAUCGACGUUACUUAACGACUCGUAGAAUUGACGAGAAGACUGAUUACGAAUAUAACACGAUGUGUAAUAUUUUUUUAUCAACCGACCGAAUGUUUCCUACUCUGACGAAAGUAGGUUACUGUAACGAACAAAGUAUAUUCGCGUUUUGUACAUGUAUGUAGAUCAUGGUGUAUAAAUAAAGCAUUAUAUUCGUAUCAUGGAAUGGUAAUCGCAUGAUUCUUUUUUUUUUUUUUUCUUUGCAUCUUGUGCCGUCGAACGUGCAAAGGGUUAAACCUCGCACCCGAAAAGAAAAGACUAUCGUAAUCGUUCUCUUAUCAUUUUGCUCGACAUUCAUUUCCACGUUUCGUUUCUCGAUACCGAAAUUGACUAUCCCACGCUUCGCCGAGCGUUCUCUUUUCUGAAAGUAUCUGACUUUCAUUCGAUAACAAUGUUUCGAUAACGAUUCAUCCGCAUCUAAUCUCUUUUCUAAUUCGAACGAGUUAUCGAAACGAAUUCCAGUAGUAAACAAGAUAAGAUAUCAGCGAUACCUGUUUAAAAAUCAAAGAUUAUUUCCUAAUUUUUACUACGAUGAAAAUUGGACGAGUUGCUAGAUGGCGCUUUUUUCGUCUGUUCCCUGUUGUUCCACUGCCAAAAUUUAACUGAUUCGCGUCAAAAUUAAACAACACAUAUACACAUUUAUAUAUAGAUAUAUAUGUUUAUAUCGGUUCGGCAAACUUUUUGAAAUCUCAAAGGAAUUUUGGCUUUUCGUCAAAUUUUUUCAACGAAACUUUAUCUAUAUAAUCUUUCAAUUUUUUUCUUUUCUUCUUUCUUUUCUUUCUCUUCCUUUUUUUAAAUCUCGAGCAGUCAUUCAUCGUGUCUGGUUAUUCGCACGAUAUAUUCAGACGGACUCAUACCAAUUACGUAAAGUGGGAAUAUUCUCUUGCGCUUGACCUUGAAGCUUGACUUCGUACAAUUACAAACCGCUUCGUUUUCUUUUCCAAUGACCGCAGAUCGCCGGCAACGAAAUAGCCUCCACUUAUUGGCUCGGUAUUUUUACGUAACGCGGCGUAUAGUUCAUAGCCACACGGAGAGCCAGUCUCGCGAGUUUUAUGUAACCUUUCGCGAUUCGCGUAGCGCGAUACAAUCGGUACACCGUACCGAAUUCGUUUCGUUUGUUAAUUAUUUACGAACACGUGUAUCGAUUGCGGUAACGUUGUUAAUCUUAUCGCGGCUCUCCCUCGCGUCCUCGCUUUUAUGUAACAAACAUCGAUAAUCGUUUCUUUUUUUUUUUUCUUUUCCUUUUUCAUUUUCUUCUUCUUCUUCUUCUUUUUUUUUUUCGAAAAAUACGGUACAGUAAAUUAAAUUGCUCCUCGUCCGUUCAUCGCGAAAAAGGUAUCAUUUCAUUAAGGUUAAACGGGCUGACCGUUAAAAAAACGAAACGAUUGUUUUCGUAGAAAGUGAAACGGAUUCAGUGAAUCGGGUGAACCAAAGGCAAGUUCAAACUGCAAUAUCGAGGCUCGAGGACAAUAAACUUGUAUCGCGCGGAUUUGUCGCGCGAUUUCUUCACCGUUGACGGUGAUGGCCGCGCUCCUCUGCCUCUGCGAGAACAGAGAACUCUUCAAACUCUUUCCUCGCGAUACAUUCGUUAAGGCGCUACUACUCACGUGUCGGUGCACUCGCUCGUGAAAGUACGUAAUAGUUGCUUGAACGUAGAUCCGUCCAAUUAUCGCGUCCUCGUCCAUCGAACGCGGAUCGUUGUGUCGUGUCGGUGUUCCUCGCCACGCUCUUCGCCACGGUUGUACGCCAUCCAAAGCUGGUGACACAAUCUCAAAGGGGUACACGAUCAAUCACCGUUCACGUGAAUUUAUUGGCUCUCUCGUUUCGCUCGAGAGCUCGAAUUUCGAUACACUUGUCGUCCUUUUGACAACGAGGCAACAACGACGAUUCGAUAUGAGCUUCGGAUCGCGAGUCCACGAUGCGCAUGAAGAGGACUCGAAGACAACGGCCAAGGAGCUCGAGUCGAACGAGGAAGCAACUCUGCCCAAGGAAGCGUCUUCGUCCGCCAAGGAAUCCGGCAAGCAAUCCGCCAAGAACAAUCCGCCACCUACCAGAAUCCCCACGAAGCUGGCGCCGUUGAAAAAAUUGGAAAAGAUCGACGGUACGAGGAAGAAGGAUGGCGGGGGCCAAGAGAAACAACAAUCGAGACGGGAGGACAAUCCGUUGGCGACUAACAGGGCCGGCAGGGAUUACACGAAUCUCAAAUUCCAAGAUCCGAGAUUCUACGAGUGUCCCAAGCUCCUGGAGACGGUCGCAUCGACCACGACCACCAACACGACCACGUCCACCAGCCCAAAGCAGGAGAUAGACCUGAAAGAGGUGCUCAAGAGAUCGGAAUCCCUCAGCCCGAGGCACGAGAAGGAUUGGGAGCAGUUGUCGAGCAGGUUCAGCUCCGAGGAGAAUAUCAUAGACAUCGAUAAACUUAGCAUCAACGCGUUGGCCAGGUCGGAGAAAUCCGACAAGUUCGACAAGGAGAAACAUCCGAGCCAAUUCGGCCAACAGAAGGAAUUGACUCUGAGCGGUGGGGGGACUAUGUUCCUGAAGAGCAACAGGAGCAGAGACACCACGCCUAUCCACGAGACCGGUAAACUCGACGAGUUCCGUACCUUGUCGAUCCCGGACGAGACCAACAAAGACAGCGGGGACAAGUUGAAGUCGAUUCUCAGGGAGAAACAAUCCGAGGACGACGACAGACCGGUGGACGAGGAAAGGAAAAGCGUACGUUUCGACAUCGAGAAGGAAGUGGACAUCAAGUACACUUACUCCAGGUCUGAAUACGAGUCGGAAUCCGAAUCUGACGAGCAUGAGGUGCUCGCCAUGCUCUCGAGUCGAGAUACCGAGUGGAGUCCCUCGAAAACGCAGAAAACCAGCCAAAGAUUCACGGAGGAGAGCAAGGAAGAUCCCGAGGACAAGAUCGAUGGAUGUGUCAACAAGAGUUUAUCGUCGGAAAAAAUCGAAGCGUCGAAGACGCAAAAUGGGAAGAUCGUGGGAAAGAGGUUCGUCGUGAGGAACGUGCCUGAGAACGAACUUCGUAAAAAGUUCGCUCCUCAGAACGUUUCUGAGAAGGAACACCGUAUGCAAAUGACCAGAGACAGUUUGUCCGGAGAGAGUUUGUCGAGGGAGAGCAGUUUGGACUACACGUUCACCAAUAAAUUCAACAAAAUUAAAAACAUCGAUCUGGUUUCGAAGAGCGAGACCGAUUACAGCGACUCUGAACUACGGCGGAAGAAUAAAUUGAAAGUGGAGUUGCCGCGCAACGAGCAGACCGACGACGACGAGACUUCAGAUUUCUCGAAGAUCAAUCAAGACGCUCACGAUAUCUCGCGAAGGGAAGGCAACGAAACAGCGACGAAACAGGAUCAGAGCAAGAAGUUGGAGGAAGCGAAAGCGAAAUUGGGCGAAGAGCACGAGAGGGACAUCGAGGCGUUGAGGAAAGAGUACAAGGACAAGUUGGAACAGAUGAAAAAAGAAUUGGAGGAGAAUUUUGCGGAGCAGAAGAAGCAAAUAGAGAAGAAUCUGAGUGACAAGUUGGAGGAUAUGAGGCGAAAGAUGGUCGAGAAGGAGGAACGAGAAAUUCAAAAAUUAAUCGCCGAAAUGGACGAGGCCAAGUUGGAGAAUCUGAGAAAGGUAAAGGCCGAAUUGGAGGUUUGCUACGAAAAGGAGAGGCAAGAGAUCUUGGCGAAUUUGAAGACUGAACUGGACGAGAGAAAGGGAGAAUUGUUGGAGCUACGGAAUCAGGAGAUGGGAAAAUUGGAGAACGAAUACGAGCGCGACUUGGACGAGGAGAAGCUCGCCAAACUUAGCGAGAUCAAAUUGAGCAAGCAACACCAGGCGAGGAUCAAAACGAUGAAGAAGGAAUUGGAUAAAGAGUUCGACGAGUUGCGCAAACAAUUACGGGCACAGCAGAGGGAAAAUAUCACGAAAAUUACGGAGGAACACGAGAGUCGUCUUGUCGAAAUCCUACGCGAUUUUAGAGUGAAUGAGGAUCGCACGCGCAAGAUGUACAAGCAGUGUUUGGAAGAGAUUCGCGCCGAUUUCUCGCGCGACGCGGAGAAAGAGGCUAAGAAACAGACAGGUCGCGCUAUCCACCAAGAGAGCAUCGAGUUCGAGAAGAUGAGGUGCGAGAAGCGAUUGCUCCAAGAUAAGUACAUGGCGUUGAAGGAGAAAUACAUGAAAUUGAAGAAGGAGGUACGUUCGGCUAUCGAGAGGAGGAGUAGGAGAAAGGAGGGAUACACGACCGCCUCGGAGACGGAGAGGUCGACGUCGACGAGGACGAGGACAGACAGGACCGAGUCGUCGGAUCAAAAUAUCCCAUUACGAAACACGCACUCGAGCUCGGCGACGACGAACACUAAACCGCCCGAGACUCGGACGACGACGAACGAGCAGUCGGAAGAAUUGCACGAUCCGAACGAACAGAACGUUCAGAAGGCGAACUCGGGGUUUCAGAAGAGCGCAGCUACGUCGAACGCGAAAAAUGUGAGAUUCCAUUCCGACGAAACGAGCAUCGCCAGCGAGACGAACGCGAACGUAACAACCGGAAAGAAGAACUUCGCCAAGAAACCGACAAUCCAAUCCAAACCGAGUUCAACCACCGGCAAUAAUAUUAACAACAAUAACAACAAUCUUGAAAACCCGGUCGAAAAUAUAAGAAAACAGUUGGAGAAGCUCGAGGAUCUCGGUGAUCAAUUGCCAAGCAACGAAACGGCCUACACGUUGCGAUAUCCUUUCCAAGACAAAGCUCGUCGUGUCCGAGCUCAUCGGGUGACACCGGAAAGGAUUCUGCUCGAUUUUCUAGCACCGGCGAACGCCUCUUCGGAGCUGGAGUUCUUCCGGCACCGAAUUCACGUGGAAAGGGAUUCAGUGAAGAGAGCACGGGAGGCGCUUCGACAUCAGGAGAACGUGUUCCAAGGGAGGCAGAGGGCUUGGAAGCAGCGUAGCGUCAAAGCGACCCUCGAACAAUUGCUUCAGGAAGAACGCGAACUUUCCGACAUGGAGGUGAAUUUGCAUCGAACCAAGAGCCUUUUGGGCGAGAAAGUGAUCCAUCUGAGGCAUUUAGAGCAAUCUUUGGAGAGGGUGGUUAACGCGAAGACAAACGAGAACGACGGGAACGCGACCAAAAACGAGGAAUUGACGUUGAGCGAUAUGUCGAGCGUGAGCAGCGGUAUCAGUUCAACCGAUCUCGGGACCGACACGUUCGUAGUUCAUUUCUUCGAGACUUCGAAAUCCCGCCUUUCGUUGAUUUAUUUCCACUCAAGAAUUUAUUUUCCAUCUCGUGGUCUUGAUCCUUCGUACUCAGACAAACCGGAUCACUACCAGGAGUCGACGGAAAUCAUCGCAAGUCUGGAAAACCUAAACUCGGAAAUACGUGAGAUAUGGGGCGUGCUGAAUAAACGUCAGGACACGAACAUACCACCGCCUCCGACUUUGAUGUAUUCGUAUUUGCGAUGGCUGCGUUUCCAUCAUCUUGCCGCCGAAUCGAAUAAUAUACAAGGAACAUUCGGUGCUCCAAACAUUCAGUCGAACAUCCUGUCUCAGUUGACAGUGGCUCAACCACCGACACCCACCGCGCAAAACAUUAUCGCCCAGUACGGUCCCAAUAGCGGUUUCACCACCAGCGUGUGCACGGUUGAGAAGCAUUCCUCGAAUCUGAUGGAGAGAACGUGGAAUCUACGGGAUUGGCUGAGGCAAGCUUGCGUCGAGGGCACGGAUCAGUCCAGGUCGAACGACUCUAUAAAAAGCAGCCCGCAAUCCAUCGAAAAAUUUGGUUCCAAACGACAAUCGUUAGGGGAUUCCAGUACCCGUUUCGUCGACGUAGACUCCAUGUAUCUACACGUGUUUCUAAACCAAUUCAAGAAGACGUGUUUUCGUUAGUUGUAUAGUUUCCGUUAUCUAGAUCUCUUCAUACGAUCGAGAACGGAACAGUCGUUUGGAAGUGAGAGUUUCGAUCGAGAGAUUCGCGAAACUCCUAGCUUCGGCCGAAUGUGCGCAACGUGCUCAUUCUAAGAACCUCCCCUUAGCUUGUCCCAUCCUAUCGAGCUCAAAUUAGUCUUAUCGCCGAAUCUGCGACAAACGCAAUUGGACGUCUUGGAGCCCCGAUCGAAACGGACGCGAGCUUCGAGAUUGCAACUUUUGCAAUCUUCUGCCCACGCGUCCACAAUUUUCAAGAACGCUCGUCGGCGUUUCUUACGAUUUUAUCCGGGGUGGCAAACCAACUGGACAAUUAUUAUUAUAUUCGUGCCAGAAAUUUUGACGCUGGCCCGCUGCUCUUUUAAAGGUAAUUGCAACGUUAUAGCGGAUGAUCAUGUAUAAAAAAAACGUAACACUUUCAUAAUGGGAAUACGAACGGAUCUCAUCGUGCAAAUUACUCGCGAGUCGUUGAGGAAACGAAUCGAACGUGUGUGUGAGUGAGUGUGUGUGUAUGUGUGUGAGAAAAAGAGAGAGAGAGAGAGAGAGAGAAAACAGGCCAAGUUCUCUAUUGUAAAUAAGAAUUUUUCUCGAUAUCGCUCGAUACAAAUCCAAUCUCGUUCCUUUCUCCCCGACAGCCUGUUGAACCUUUAUAUAUAUUUUCGAGAUCGAUUUUUCCGUGAAUGUAACAAUGUAUAAUAUGCGUACCACCUAUAUAUAUAUAUAUCAUAUACAUCUAUUUAGUAAAUAUACAUGUAAUAUUUGGGAUUGUUUCACGCGAAUUAGAUUGGAAAUCGCGUUUGAGACGGAUGUGUGAUAAAAUCUUGGAAAACGCGUGGAUCUUCGGCGUACGAGAAGUGUCGAUUCAAAUUUUAUGUUUUAUCACGAUCGUAAAAUGUGAUAUAUCUGAAAUCAAAAUUGUCAACGGAAAGACUUAGCUUUUGUAUCGAGUUAAUUGUUGUAAGUCGCGUAUAUAAUAGCGUAACGGCAACAAACAAGGGAUUCAUAGACAACUCGAGCUAGUUUCUUUUCUCGAAUGCCACUUCUUCGAAUGCCUCGAAUUUUGCGCGCGUCUCUCCGUUUAACGCGGUGUGCGUCUCUCGAAUGCCAAACUUUCAUAAUUAUCGAGAUACUUUCUAGAAUCGAAUCACCGAUAUAUCUCUACCGUAAAGGAAAAGUAGGAAAUGUUUCUGGAUCGAUCGAUCGACCAGAAAUGGCUAAUUACCCCAUCGAUAUUUAUUAUUAUUCAUUUUAGAGAAACGUUUCAAUAGAGAACGUUUUUUCACAUUCCGGAUAUCGUAUAACUCGCAAUAAUUCUGAUCUCAUUAGAUGUAUAGCGUAGAGAGCGUUUAAUAUAAUCUCCACGUUGAGGAACGUGAGAACCGUAAAGUCUGACGUGUCUCCGCAACGUAGAAUAUUGUCCCGUGAAAAAAUUUCGCGUGUUGAAUCUUGUUUCAACGUAGCUCUUACUCGAGAAUGGUUCCUUCUUUCCUGUUAUACGAUCUCUUUGUAUAUCAUCGACAUUUUCACUCGAGUUUCGUUCGACUUAGCGAUCAAUCCUGAUGAUAUUAAUCGACGUUCGUAUAUAUCCGUGAGAGCACGGAUCGAAACACGGACUAUAUACACGUAUAGUUGAUUUUAUAUCCAUUAAAGUUAAUGAUGAUCUAUAGGAGAUUCGAGUCGAUAUUCGAAAUUGUAGGAGUCGUUUUAAAAUCGUUCGACUUACUCGAAGGUUUCGAAGCGUAGAGAUUUUUCAUUAGCACCGUCCUUAAAGAAUCGUAUAAGCAAACCUUCCUCUUCCUCCAUACGGGAAACAUGUAUCGACGUUUAUCGCUUCGGAUGUUGGUAAAUCGUUAACGAGUUACGUCCAAUGAUUCUGCGAUUGUUUUUGGUGCUUCGUUCACAGUGCAAUUGUUUAAACGGAAAUAAUUCGUUUUAUAACUCGAUCGCGCAGUUUUGUUGUACUGGAUAUUAUUAUAUUUUUCGCACACA